AUGGACAAGUACGAGAAACUGGAGAAGGUUGGGGAGGGGACUUACGGGAAGGUGUACAAGGCCAAGGACAAGGCCACGGGACAACUGGUCGCUCUGAAGAAGACUCGGCUCGAGAUGGACGAGGAGGGCAUCCCGCCCACUGCCCUCCGCGAGAUCUCUCUGCUUCAGUUGCUCUCCAAGAGCAUCUACGUCGUGAGGUAGAUAUGCUCGCCUUCCCACCCCGCCUCUCGAUCUCACUUGAGUCGUCCCUGUGUCUGUGAGUCUGAUCGUCGUCACCUCUCGGUGAUCGUAUCUGCAGGCUACUUUGCGUGGAGCACGUGGACAAGAACGGGAAGCCCAUGCUCUACUUAGUAUUCGAGUAUCUCGACACCGAUCUCAAGAAAUUCAUCGAUUCUCAUCGGCGGGGUCCGAACCCCAGGCCUCUUCCCCCGCAAGUCAUUCAGGUCCCGUUCUUGCUGGUCUCUUUGAGCAAAAUUGAAUUGGAACACGUUCCCCUCGCUCGUUUCCUCUUUCUUGGUUUCAUUCCCUGAAAUCGUUGCUGAUAAUUCGCUAAUUAUCUGCAGAUUUUAUUUCUAAUUUCUUGUUAUAAUUUCCCUUCGCACACAAUAAUUAAUGCUGAUUUCGAGCUUGGUUGGAUCCCGAUUCCCAAUAGCUUUCAUUAAAUUAUAUUUUAUAAAAUUAUUGUGAAAACUGUGAAAACUGCCGUGCAUACUCCUGUCCUUCCCCCCCUUCGUGGUUUUCCCGAAUCCCAGUGGCGCCUAGUCUUGAAAUGGCCGCAAAAUAUUUUAUGGGGCUGGCUUUAAGAUCAUAUAUUUGGAUACCCAUCCAUGUCUGUGACUGAGAAUUCUCCCCCUCUCUCACACUGUUAUUACAGAGCUUCCUGUAUCAGCUGUGCAAGGGGGUUGCCCACUGCCAUAGCCAUGGUGUGCUUCACAGGUUGGUUCUCGUCCAUAUAUCUCCCAAUCUCUCCGUUCCAUAGUCUAUGCUUCCAGAUGCUGUCGUGGGCAAUGUUUUGAGCAUUUCAACGGCGUGACACUAACAGGGAUCUAAAGCCUCAGAAUCUCCUAGUCGAUAAAGAAAAAGGCAUCUUGAAGAUUGCAGAUCUUGGUCUUGGGAGAGCCUUCACCAUUCCUCUUAAGAGCUACACUCAUGAGGUUUCAGUUGCCUCUUCCUCCCUGGCAGCUUUCAGUUGACUACUUUGUUGACUCUUCCUCUUAAGAGAUCUUCCUGCCGAUUUUAUGCUAACCCAUGCCUUUUUUUAAUUUUUUUUUGGGUGUUUCCGAAUAACAGAUCGUCACUCUUUGGUAUAGAGCUCCAGAGGUUCUCUUGGGAUCCACCCAUUACUCAACUGGAGUCGAUAUGUGGUCCGUUGGAUGCAUUUUUGGUAUGCAAAACUUCCAUUGAUCCUUUUCCCAGAACCCCAUUUUUCAAUUUUGCUCAUAGAUUUUGUUUUUCCCAUGCAAAUUAUCGAUGUUUUUGCCUAAAAAUCUUUUCAGUAAUCUGCAUGAGAUGAUCAGAACUUGUUAUCGCAUGAUCUUGCAUAUUAGUUUUCCUAGCUUUCUGAGAUUUUGAUCCGGCGCGGUGGUAAUGUAAUGCAGCUGAGAUGUCAAGAAGGCAAGCGCUGUUUCCCGGUGACUCCGAGUUGCAGCAGCUUCUGCAUAUCUUCAGGUACUCCGGAGUAGUAGACUUCAGUUCUUCAGCGUGGACCGCCCAUUCUUCUUCUCUUUCACAGAUCAUUGACCGCCGUUUGACUGUUUCUUUCUUUGACCUGGGAAGGUUGCUGGGGACCCCAACCGAGGAGCAGUGGCCUGGUGUGAGCUCAUUGAGGGACUGGCACGAAUAUCCCCACUGGAGGCCCCAGCCCUUGGCCCGUGUUGUUCCUUCCUUGGAACCCGAGGGAGUGGACCUUCUCUCGGUAAGUUGACUUUCUGUCACAACAGAAUCUGAGUCAAAGCGAAGCAUUUUUCCCGUUUACAGAAAUUAUCCCAUCAAAUGAGCUGACUUUUCCGUCAUCUUUCUAACGGAUGUCUCAGAGAAUGCUUCUGUAUGAUCCUGCCAAGAGGAUCUCCGCCAAGGCCGCCCUGGAUCAUCCCUACUUUGAUAGCCUCGACAAGUCUCAGUUCUGA